GUGUCCUUGGCACUGGAAGAACAACUGUGCGUUGCCUUUCAGGUGGCAGCAUCAAAGUUCAGCCAAUCGAAAAAGUCCUCAUAGCUAACCGAGGGGAAAUAGCUUGCCGCGUUAUGAAGACGGCGCGGAAACUGGGUGUCCGCACAGUGGCUGUCUUUAGUGAGGCUGAUAGGGACUCCAUGCAUGCGGAUAUGGCUGAUGAGUCCUUCUGUAUUGGACCAGCAGCUUCUCAACAAAGUUACCUCGACCAACAGAAAAUCAUUCAAGUUGCCAAGGCGACGGGUACCCAGGCCAUUCACCCUGGUUACGGAUUCCUCUCAGAAAAUACAGAAUUUGCCGAGUUGUGUCAGAAAGAAAAUAUCAUAUUUAUUGGACCUCCUUCUUCUGCUAUUCGGGAUAUGGGAAUUAAAAGUACCUCCAAACACAUCAUGUCAGCAGCUGGUGUGCCUAUCGUCGAGGGUUACCAUGGCGAGGACCAAUCAGAUGAGAAGUUGAGGUCAGAGGCGGAACAGAUCGGGUAUCCUGUCAUGAUCAAGGCCGUCAGAGGUGGCGGAGGAAAGGGGAUGAGAAUCUGCAUGGACGACAGUCAGUUUGACGAACAGUUCGAAUCUGCCAAGCGAGAGGCGAUCAAGUCGUUCGGCGAUGACGUCAUGUUGAUUGAGAAGUUUGUGGAGAUGCCGCGUCACGUUGAGGUGCAGGUUUUUGGGGACCAGCACGGGAAUUAUGUUUAUCUGUACGAAAGGGACUGCAGCGUUCAGAGGAGACAUCAGAAGAUUAUUGAAGAGGCACCCGCGCCGGGAAUUUCCGAUGAAGUGCGCAAGUCCCUUGGAGAAGCUGCUGUCAAGGCAGCCAGAGCUGUCAACUAUGUCGGAGCAGGGACAGUCGAGUUCAUCAUGGAUAAAAAUCAGAAGUUCUACUUCAUGGAGAUGAACACGCGUCUUCAGGUUGAACAUCCAGUCUCGGAGAUGGUGACUGGGGUGGAUCUGGUGGAAUGGCAAAUCAAGGCCGCAGCUGGUGAGAAGCUCCCCGUCACCCAAGAUGACAUCCCGCUCCAUGGUCACUCAUUUGAGGCCAGAAUAUACGCCGAGGAUCCGAACAAUCAAUUUAUGCCUGGGGCUGGUCCCCUUAGGCAUCUCUCUACACCAGCCCCCGAUAACAAAACGAGGAUAGAGACAGGUGUUAGACAAGGGGAUGAGGUGUCUGUCCACUACGAUCCGAUGAUUGCCAAACUUGUUGUGUGGGGCGACGAUCGUCAGGCCGCACUCAGGAGACUCAACAUGUGCCUCAAGGAGUAUAAUAUUGUUGGCCUGUCCACCAACGUUCAGUUCCUCGAAGACUUGGCUUCGCACCCAGAGUUCCAGGCCGGACGAGUCCACACGGGUUUCAUAGACGAACAUUACGAUGAACUUUUCCCGGAGAGGCACGUGACCAAUGCUAGUCUAUGCAAGGCAGCUUUAGCUACGGUGCUUAAUGAUCUAGGGUACACCCUGUAUAGAAGUUCUUUAGGAAAUGAUCCCUUUUCCCCGUUUUCUUUUGGUUCGGGUAUAAGAGUGAAUGAAAGUGCAUCAAAGAAAGUCACAUUGAAGAUUGGAGACAAAAGUGUUGAUGUCAAUGCGACCUUUACCACAGGAGAGUGUUUUACGAUGUCAAUAGGUGGAGACACUUAUUCUGUUACGGGUAGUCUUGCAUCGGAAGGAAAUCGGAUGGUAUUGACGUGUGAAAUUGAUGGCUAUUUAUCAAAAUCUAAUGUUGUAUUUGAUGAGAACAAGCUGCAUUUGUUUACUGCGGAUGGAGAAGAACAGUUCGCUCUGCCGGUGCCCAAGUUCUUGUCACAGUCUAAAGGUGGCGCUGUAACUGGUGGCGCCGUGGCGCCAAUGCCGGGAGUCAUCGAGAAAGUAGCUGUCAAGACCGGCGAUGCGGUGGAGCAGGGUGAUCCGCUGGUUGUGAUGAUUGCUAUGAAAAUGGAGUAUGUCAUCAGAGCUCCCUCUGCAGGCGUGGUCGAGAAAGUCUUGUAUAACGUCGGCGAUACCGUCGGGAAAGGAACGGCUUUGAUUAGUUUCGUAAAGGAGGCAGAGGAGGCAAGUAACGACUCAAAUGGAGAAUGAGGAUUUGGACGGUAUCAUCAAGAAUUGAUGAAGACUAUUGGUACAUGUAUCGUGGAGUGUGUUUUAGUGUGUUGUGUGAUCUCUAGGAUGUGGAUUAGAGAAAUUACAGACUUUGGACCGUCGGCUGCACCAGUGACUGAGUCAUAACAUAACAGUAUCGCGUGACUGCGUCUGACAAUCUAAGUUCUGGAGAAUGUUCGAACAGACCCUCACUUUGACUUCCCAAUAGUUGUCACACAUGCGUAGUCUCCUCAAACUCUUUUACAAUGGGUUCAAAUAUCAUAUCAACUCGUUUCAUUGUUAACAUCUCAACUGGUAGAUAUUUAUGUGGUGAUAAUUUUCUAUUCUUGGAAUAUAAACUGCUCGGAUCAUGACUACAUUUGUAUAGUCCUCAUGUUAAUUUCACCGGCUCCUUUUAAUCAUUACGUGUACAUUACAAACUUAAGCCAGGCAAAGAAGUUGUAAUAAUCAUGAUUUGUGCACAGCAUAUUUGCGAUCUGCAUGCAGCGGUGGUACACAUUUGAGAUCUUUGUGAAAGUCCUGGUAGGUUUCUACCGGGAUGUGCACUCUCAGAAUAAAUUUAGCAGCUGAACACAUUUGUUUAUAGCGAGACAGAGACGAAUUACUUGUACAUAAAUGUGUAUAGAAC